UCGUGUGUUCAAUUAGUGAUUUAGUGCUUGUCUUUUCCAACUAUCUCUCUCUCUGCUAUACAAAAACUUCUCUGUCCUUCACAACUUCAUUGCCCAUAGACUUCCAAGUUUUUUCCAGGGAGGUUUUCACAUUGAAAGAAAAAACAGUGAAAUGACCAACCAAAAUGUGGUGAUUUCUGAGGCAAAAACAGGACUUGCAGUGGCAACUGCAGUUGCUGUAUCUGAAUCUAAUUUCUACUCGCCCGCCAUGCCUAAGCCACUGGUCGCAGCGAAUGGCUACUUUCCAAGAAAAAAGUCGAUUAAAAAGCUUGAAACUAAUGGAGGAGGAGGUGCCAGGAUUAAUGCCUUUAUUGAUUCAAUGCGGGCUUCUUCACCAACUCGUCGAGCCUCUGAAACCGAAGAUCAAAAGUCUUGGAUUAUUCAUCAUCCUUCGGCUUUAAGCAUGUUCGAGGAUAUCAUGAAUGCUUCAGAGGGCAAGGAAAUAGUGGUGUUUCUUGAUUAUGAUGGUACAUUAUCACCCAUUGUUGAGGAUCCUGACCGUGCUUUCAUGACUAAUGAGAUGAGAGAAGCAGUCAGGGAUGUAGCCAAAUAUUUCCCCACAGCCAUUGUUAGUGGAAGGUGCAGAGCCAAAGUGCAUAAUUUUGUGAAAUUAUCAGAGCUUUAUUAUGCAGGGAGUCAUGGAUUGGACAUUCAGAGACCAACAAAAGGACACAAAAAACAAAGAAAAGGAAAUCAAUCUGUCUUCUGCCAACCAGCCAGAGAAUUUUUGCCAAUGAUUGAAGAGGUACACAAAAUUUUGUUGGAGAAAAUGAAAUUUAUCCCAGGAGCAAAAGUUGAAAACAACAAGUUCUGUCUGUCCGUACACUUCCGUUGCGUCGAUGAAAGGAUAUGGGGCGAACUAGGAGAGCAAGUUAGGGAAGUGCUUAAAAACUAUCCAACGCUCAGAUUGAGCCAAGGGAGGAAGGUUUUGGAGAUACGUCCCGCUAUAAAAUGGGACAAGGGGAGUGCACUUGAAUUCUUAUUAGAGUCGUUAGGCUAUGACAAAUCAAAUAAUGUUUUACCAGUUUAUAUUGGCGAUGAUCGCACCGAUGAAGAUGCAUUCAAAGUUUUGCGCAAGAGAGGACAAGGUUUAGGAAUUCUAGUGUCUAAAGCUCCUAAAGAAACAAAAGCCUCGUAUUCUUUGCAAGAACCAUCCGAGGUUAUGUACUUCCUCAAACGUUUAGCCGAAUGGAAAAAAUCCUCCUUACCAAGGCAUUAGGAUGAGCUCGCCCUCCACAAACAUAGAGGAAACAUUCGACCCCUACCCUCAAAGUUUUAUUAGGGGUACGGGUGGUGCUGAAUUUAUGUACCUAAUUUAUUCGAAUUGUAAUGAUCCCAAAGGGAACCUUUCCUUUUUUUCUUUUUUGGAUAUAAUGCAAGAGCAUUAUUCAAGUUGUUAUCGUUAAAAAAAUGUAUUCACGUUGCUAUAGUUUGCCUUUU